AAGUUUACCUGAUUUGAUUCGACCAUGUUCGUCAGCAAUGUGGUGGUUUUUCUGCCGGUGUUAGCGGCGUUGGCCGACGUGGAUGUGAAUAAUAAGCCGCUUAUUACUGGGGCAGCGAAUGCUGGAACGAAUCUUCCGCCGAUAUACGUCCAUCCGACAAAACCCACGCCCGCUCCCGGAGCGGCGGAUCCACGCCUCCUACCGUUUCCCUACAGCGCCACGGCCAAUAAAUCCUUCGAUGGAUUUUCCGGAAUGUCUUUGGACCAGCUAAAGUUUAUGGCUGCCGACUGGGAAAGGUCAAAACUGCGUGCCGCGCAUGCGCUAAAUCAAACGUCGGUUAAAGAAGGGCUGAUCAUCAUCGGGAAAACAAUUGGCAACUACUUUGAUUACUGGAAUCCGGAUGCCGGGCAGAUGCUCGGUUUGGGAGAUUUAAGUGUGGAUUUGGACACCUUCUGGACUUUCCAACCGGCAACACUGGUCAUUCAAGUUGUUAUGGGGGAAUUCGACAAAGAAAUGCGCGCACUUUUUAAUUUGGAAUCCGAAAAAUACGUGGCUGCUAUCGAUGACACCGCGGAAUUCCAUUGGUCCCGUAACGCCCUGCACUUCUCCGCCAUUCGCGUAAUGCUGUCGGGAUUUCUGCGGUACAUCGCACCCAACGUGGCCGGUGUGAAGUUCUACUACGGAUCGGAGUGGACGGAGGAGCAGGAAUCCGGCUACUACACCGUCUUCCGGCUGAUGAACUGGUACAACUGGCAUGUCUUUCAAAAGUACGCCGACGGAUGUAAUGUCCGCGCCAACGGCACCUUUGUCGCCUCCAUCGCCUGCGAAAACUGCAUAUAAAAAGUUCAUUAUGUGCUGAAAAGAUUUACUGACUACGCCAAUAAUGACGUGUCAUUAGAUUACGCAUUUUUACCCGGCGUUUGGAUGUGCAGUCACAUUCGCUUCGUUAUUGAACUGUUUGUGUGUUUGCCAUAGUUUUAUAAUUUAUUUUAAGUGCUUCAUCUUACGUCGUUUAAUUUUAUCUCCUAUGUAAGA